GCAGGAGAGAGAGAGAGUUUCAGAGAGAGAGAGAGAGAGAGAGAGAGGUGCUCUUCAGAGGCAGCGAUGGUGGAUUUAUUUGCAUGGCUAGCUUCCUUCUUUCUCGUCAUAGGUAUAAUCGGUGCUGUACUUUUCCAGCUAAUGUGCUUGGCCGACCUUGAGUUUGAUUAUAUCAACCCAUAUGAUUCAGCAUCCCGAGUAAAUAAGGCUGUUUUGCCAGAGUUCAUUGCAGAAGGAGUUUUGUGCCUUCUCCUUCUUAUUACAGGGCAUUGGGCUAUGUGUUUGCUCGGCCUUCCAUAUGCAUAUUACAAUGUAACAAUAUAUACUCGGCGGCAGCACUUUCUGGAUGUAACUGAGAUAUUCAACCAGCUUCAUUGGGAGAAGAAGGUGAGAUUUAUCAAGCUUAGUUACCUGAUCAUCUUUCUGGCAUUGACGAUAUUCUGGAUGAUUUGGAGCAUUGUAGAUGAAUGAUCAAUCUGAAUUUGAUGCUGCCAUUAGAAUUCUUGAAUUGUUGCUUUCAUUAAAAGAAAAAAAGAAGCAAAGAACCACAAGGAAAAACCUGGCCAGUGAUAUUUGUGAUCCAUAACCUACGUUAACUUUGUUAUGGAACAGCUACUUAAGAAGUAAACCUUAUGCAGCAUUUUAGAUUUCAUGUUACUCCACUAAUAGGGGAAUAGAAAUCCUAAAACUAUGUGUCUGUGUUGGUUAUAUUAGCUAUACAUUUUUUAAAGUGUUCUGACACAAGCAAAAUCAUUCGUUAGUUAUUUGUUAUAAUCAAGUGAUAUUGCUUACUUGAUUGAAGUGUUUAAAUCCUCUAUGUUAUGACAUAUGUAUGACCUCAAGAGGCUUGCGGAUGUAGUUUGUUCAUGUUGGCGCAUUUUAUUAUAUCCUUUAGGCCACCCGCAAUGGGGCGCCCGAUGGCGUCCAUCGUCCUCGGGCGCGGACAAUGCCCACAUUGUGGGUGGCCGCCAUCGUCCGCGGCCGAUGCAUAGGGCGCGCCCUAUGUCGCGGAAGAUGACCUAUCGUCCGCACCAUCGUCCGCGCCAUUGUGGGCUCGGCGGACGAUGGCGCGGACGAUAGGCCAUCGUCCGCGCCAUCGGGUGCCCCAUUGCGGGAUCGGCGGAUGAUGGCCGCGGACAAUGAUACUCGUUUUUGAUUUUUUGUAUAAAUACCCCUACCCCACCUUCAUUUGUAACGUUUCAUUUCAUGAUUUCACUCUCGAAACUCACAUUUUUAUUAUUACUACGAAAUGGAUUCAAGUCCCAAGAGUCCGAUGUUUGGGGAGGCGCGUUGGCCGGGUACAGAACCCGACGAUUAUCGACCGUUCGACGCAAACAUGCAGUACGAUCCCGAAUUCAGCACGGAAUCGUACGGUUUGGAUGACAUAGAGCCGUCUCCAAACCGACCCGUCGCGCCCUCCCGCCGCUCCGCCGCCGCCAAAAAGAAGUGGAACCGGCAACGCGCGUACAAGUUGCCACCUCCGUGAACUUGUGAGGAGUACGCCCUCGGCCGUACGAACUACCAGCCGGAUGAAACCCUCGUAUUGGCGAGGUGUUGGGUGGAUAUAUCAGAGGACCCGAUAUUCGCGAACAACCAGAAGCAUGUGGUGUACUGGGAGCGCA